CCCGUCCCACGCAACAGGUUGGUGGCUGCGCGGCCGUGGCCGGUCGCGGUCAGUGCAGCGCGGUCCGCCGAGCAGAGAGCUUCCACACGCAUCAAUGUUGGCGCCGACACUGCUGCUGCUGCUCCUCGCGCUGCUCACCGCAGCUGCCUCCGGAGUUUUUGUGUCAAACCUGGAUGCAAUCUGCUCGAGAUGCCUAUGCCAUGCAGCAACCAGCUGUGACACAUCUGCUGGAUGCUCACGUGGAUACUGUGGACCGUUCUACAUAUCACGAGUAUACUGGGCAGCAGCUGGAAAAAUAGUACUACCAGAGGAUGAACCAGAACGUGAUGGAGCUUACCAGGACUGCACACUUGACUAUAACUGUGCCAAAAGUGUUGUUGAAAAUUACAUGGCCAGAUAUGGCAAGGACUGCAACGGUGACGGAGUAACGAACUGUGAUGAUUAUGCGAUGAUUCACUACAACGGUGCAGCAAAUUGUGAGCGGCCGGUGGAGGGCAGUAAAUUCUAUGACCGAUACCUCACAUGUCGGCCUCCAGCAGCAGAUGAUACCUUAGAUGUGGUACCUCCAAUCAGGUAAUACAUCACUGAAAUUUCUAUGACAAAGCAGUCACCUGAAUCAUCUGUUGUUUCUGUUCGUAUUUAGUAUUUUUGUUCACACUUAAUUUAUUAAAUUAAUUUCAAUAAAUAAUUUUGGUUUUGUUA